AUGAACGAUCUAUACGAAUGGCAAAAAAGACGUAUUGAGUUUAUUAGCAAUAUUCUGACAAAAGAUGAAGAAGCUUCGACGAGCGCAAAAGGGUCAUUUGAAAGUCAGCAAAUGCAUGGGGACGGGACUGGUUACAGUGAAGGAAGAAAACAUCUCAAAAGGGACGACCAUCACGGUCUUCCUGUGGAGGAGCAAGGAGAAAGACACCGCCUACUUACUGAGACUUAUCCAGGAUCAGAACCCCAAUGCAAGGACAUCGAGUUGGCGAGUUAUCAAUUCGGGGGAGGAGGGUCAUGUACCGCCCAUCCGAGCGUUCCUCCAACUCCAAGACCGUCCUUCUUCUCCACGUCACCGAACCUUCUCCUCCACCUCCGGCUCACUUCUACCUCCUUUCUCCAGCGAACCGACCCGGACCAACGCCGCCGACGCCGGCGUCCGCGGUUCCCGCACCACGUGCCGGCGUCACGUGGGCCGUGGGCGCCGCGGCGUCUUGCCGACGCCCCGCGCGCCAUUGGCCAGGGCGUGGACAGGGGGGCGGAGGGAGACAGGCGCCGAGGAGAGGUUGGAGAAGAAGGAGGAGGAGGUAGGGUAGAUGGGAGGUGUGCGGGAGAAAAUAAUAGUAAAAAAGACUGGGAUACUUUAGGUGAUAUAAAGUUCGAUGGGGAUUUGAGCGGAGCGAGGGAACAAGAACAAGAACAAGAACAAGAACAAGAACAAGAACAAGAACAAGAACAAGAACAAGAACAAGAACAAGAACAAGAACAAGAACAAGAACAAGAACAAGAACAAGAACAAGAACAAGAACAAGAACAAGAACAAGAACAAGAACAAGAACAAGAACAAGAACAAGAACAGGAACAAGAACAGGAACAGGAACAGGAACAGGAACAGGAACAGGAACAGGAACAGGAACAGGAACAGGAACAGGAACAGGAACAGGAACAGGAACAGGAACAGGAACAGGAACAGGAACAGGAACAGGAACAGGAACAGGAACAGGAACAGGAACAGGAACAGGAACGGGAGCGGGAACGGGAACAGAACAUGUCAAGUUGA